GCUAUUCUUCAUAAAGCUGCUAUUAACAGCAUGGAUGCGUUGUCAUCCACCACGGGUUGUUGCGAACCAACCCCACCACGAAAUACUGGGCCCCGCAGGGAGCUCUCGAAGCUGUCACUCCUCACUCCUCACUCCUCAAAUAUCCCACCACCUAGCACUCUAAUGGCCACUCGUCCCGCAACCCAUGCAGGGUCCUGGUACUCAGACAACAAAGCCACCCUCACACGGCAGCUGGAUCAAUGGCUGGCCGCCGUGCCGUCCUCCACAACACCCAUCGGCACCGCAUCCUCACAACAGGGUUCCGUGUCUAUCCCGCAAAAGGGCGUUAGAGCCGUCAUAGCACCGCACGCUGGAUUUACAUACUCCGGGCCUGCUGCUGCAUGGGCUUAUAAGAGCGUGGACUGGUCGAAAGCCGAGCGUAUCUUUCUCCUCGGCCCCUCGCAUCACCACUACUUGACUGAUAUCGAGACAACUGCAUAUUCAGCAUACGCCACCCCUCUAGGGAGCCUCAAAAUUGAUGAUAGCACCGUAUCAAAACUAAAAGCAGACUGGGGUAUUAAGGUAAUGGCUAGGGACGUAGACAACGACGAGCACAGCCUGGAGAUGCAUUUACCUUACAUCUACAAGAUGCUGUCACUCAACUUCCCCAACGCCACCAAAUUCCCCACCCUCAUCCCCCUCCUUGUCGGCAACACUUCGGGCAGUACCGAACGCCACUACGGAGAAGCCCUAUCGCCCUACCUCCUAGAUCCCACCAACAUCUUCAUCAUCAGCUCUGACUUCUGCCACUGGGGCUCCCGCUUUAGAUACACCUACUAUCAACCACCGAAUUCCAAACCAGUGCAGCUCCGCCCCUCCUCUAGCGUCCCCACGGCCUAUAAAAUCCAUGAGAGCAUCGCAGCGACUGAUCUCGAGAGCAUGGAUGCGGUGGAGACCGGAAGCCAUGGCGCCUUUCUCGAGCAGUUGGAGCAGACAGGGAAUACAGUUUGCGGGCGUCAUCCUAUUGGCGUGUUUAUGGCGGCUGUGGAGCAUGUUGUGGAGAGAGGGGGUGAGGGGGAUGUCGAUGGGAAGUUUAAGUUUUUGAGGUAUGAGAGGAGUGGGUUGGUUACUGAUCCAAGGGAUAGUAGUGUCUCAUAUUGUAGUGCAUUUGCUGUGCUUUAAUGAUAGAUCAUGACUGUGGUUGGACUCGGGGAGCAUGGGGUCAGGUAGUAGCAGUGGGGGAGAUAUAGAAGUAUCAAGAAGUAUCAAGAAGGAUGCUUCUUGUUGUGAACACAGCUCCAGCUAGAGAUACACAUCUAGGCUGUGUUCUCUAGGCAAGUCGGCUAUUACCAAAUAGAUUCACAUGUAUUGUUUGCACAC